AUGUCCAGCAGAAACUCGCCAGCGCGUGUGACCGUGCUAAUAUCAGGAUCGGGGUCGAAUUUGCAGGCACUCAUUGAUGCCGCCAACACCGUCAAGCUCCCCAAUGUGCAGUUUGUACGGGUAAUCUCCGAUCGCAAGAAUGCAUAUGGCCUGGAGCGUGCCAAAACUGCCAACAUUCCAACCACCUAUCACGGGAUCGUACCGUACAAGAAACAGUAUCCUGACGAUUCCCCCGAUGCACAAUUCUUGGAAGCACGCAAUGCCUAUGACGCAGAUUUGGCAAAGCUCGUCCUCGCCGAUGAGCCCACCAUUGUUGUCUGCGCUGGCUUCAUGAGGAUAGUGACGCCAUCAUUCCUUGAGCCACUACAAGCUGCUCAGAUCCCCAUCAUCAACCUGCAUCCGGCGCUCCAUGGGGAUUUGGUGGGUGCACACUGCAUUGAGCGGGCAUGGGACGAGUUCAAGGCCGGGAAAAGGACAAAGACUGGAAUUAUGAUUCACUAUGUGAUUACGGAGGUGGAUAUGGGCGAGCCGAUUGUGCAACAGGAGGUGAGCAUCGAGGGCUGCGAGACGGUGGAGGCCUUGCAGGAGAGAAUCCACGAGGCGGAACACAAAUUGAUCGUGGAAGGGACACGAAGGGUUGUAGAGAAGAGGAGAUAG